AUGGCUCCUCGAAACCCGAAGGCUCCUGCUAAUGUCGGCGUAAAACGUAUUGUCUCGAACCUGGCCAAGGUGACCAAGAAGCUGGCUACGCAUGCUGCGCGGGAUAAAGCUGCUCCUGCUAAGGCUACAAAGGCUGCUACUACUAAAGCUGCUACUAAGAAGGUAGCCCCAAAAAAAUCAAAAGUCGCGUCCAAGAAGCCCCAAGAGGAGGAUGCAGAGAGCGGAGAAGAAGAGGAAGAGAAACAAACUCCAGGCAAGUCUACUCUUAACCCUGAUCAAUUCGAUAUAAGAAAAGACCCUAACAUUAUUUACAGCACCAAAACCAGCCGCCAACCAAUUUUGACAUGGGGUGUCAAUGACGGUGGUUCAUUGGGCCGAGACACUAGCGCAAAUGAAGCACCAGCCAAGGAUAUAGAUGCUGAUUCUGAUUCGGAAGAUGAAGACGACAUUGUACUAAACCCAAUCGAAAGUACUCCAACAGCUAUUUCUACCGACUUCUUGGAUGGCAGGAAGGUCAUUCAAGUGCUUGCUAGUGAUUCAGUGAGCCUUGUUCUUACAGACGAUGGGUAUGUUUAUGGAUGGGGAUCAUUCACAGGAAAUGAUGGCACCAUUGGUUUCACCACUGAGGGGGCAACCAAGGCUUCUACUGAGCACGAUGGAGACCUGAAGAAGAAAUUGAAAAUUCAAGCGGAACCAGUACUUAUUCCUGGUUUGAAGAAUAUCAAGUCCUUGGCCCGUGGUAGCAAUCAUGUCCUGGCCCUAGACAACAAAGGCACCCUCUUUACAUGGGGUGCUUGGCAGCAAUAUCAGCUCGGUAGACGAGUUAGUGAAAGGUUGAAAUUUUCAGCCCUCACGCCAUCUCCUAUAUUGAAGCGUUGUAAGGCAAUUGCUGCCGGUACUUAUCAUUCAUUUGCUAUCAAUCAAAAGGAUCAAGUCUUGGCUUGGGGCCUAAAUAAUUUUGGACAAACAGGUAUCGCUGACAAAGCAGGAGAGGAUGAUGCUCUCAUUAGGAAUCCUACAGUUGUUAAGAGUUUGAAGGGGUACAAAAUCGCACAGUUGAAAGGUGGUCUUCAUCACUCCAUUGCUUGUACUGAGGACAAAGAAGUUCUUGUUUGGGGCCGUUGCGAUUACGGUCAAAUGGGUGUCGACUUGUCAACUAUUGAUAAAAAGUCUAUUAUCACGAGCGCCAGUACUGGAAAGCCAGCCAUUCUUCUCAAACCUACCGUGGUUCCUGACAUUAAAGGCAACUUCGUCUCGGCUGGAAUUGACAAUUGCAUUACUAUUGAUGAUGAUGGAAAGGCUUGGUCUUGGGGAUAUGGCGAAAACUAUCGCACCGGCUUAGGCUCGGAUGAAACAGCGUGGACCCCUACAGUCAUCGAAAACUCAGCCGUGAAGGGAAAGAAGAUGACUUUCGCUGGAUGUGGAGGCCAGUUCAGUAUUAUUGCUGGACCUGAGGUCGAUGGGAGCAAUGAUGCCUAG